CGUAAAUCCCCUCCCCUUACUAUUGUUUUUUUGGAAUAUUUCAACAAUCGCCAGCGAUUACUUGAUAAACUCGCCCGUUAUUACACCAAAGGUCAGCCCGAAAAACAUUAAACAGUGAUAAAAUGGCAACGCGAAAGUGUCUCCAACUGUUGAAAAUCCCAAAUCGGCGCUUAUUCCACGGGAAUAACGCGUUAUUAAAAGAGGGCCCUUCUUUCCCGGGAGCCCAGACAACCUGGACGGAGAAAUUGUCUUUCGUGACGAAGUCCAGCUAUGCCCCCAUCCCCGUGUACCGCGUCAUGGACCGCAAGGGCUCCGUUAUCGACCCUGAAGGUGACCCCCAGCUCCCCAGAGAAACCUUGCUAAAAAUGUACAAAGACAUGCGAACGCUCAAUAUCCUCGAUAAAAUCCUGUACGAGAGUCAACGUCAGGGCCGCAUCUCGUUCUACAUGACCAACUACGGCGAAGAGGCCAUACAUAUUGGAAGCGCGGCCGCUUUGGACCUGGAGGACGUCAUCUACGGCCAAUACCGUGAAGCCGGCGUUUUAGUCUGGCGGGGAUUCACCGCCCAACAAUUCGUCGAUCAGUGUUACGGCAAUCGGGAUGAUCUGGGCAAAGGGCGCCAAAUGCCGGUGCAUUAUGGCGCCAAACACUUGAAUUUUGUCACGAUUUCGAGCCCUUUGAGCACACAGAUGCCCCAAGCUGUGGGGGCUGCCUACGCCCUCAAGGGCAAAGGGCGCGUCGUGGUAUGUUACUAUGGUGACGGGGCGGCGUCCGAGGGGGACGCACACGCCGCUUUUAACUUUGGGGCGACGCUGGAAUGCCCAGUUAUUCUCUUUUGUCGGAAUAACGGGUAUGCGAUCUCAACCCCCGUUAAAGACCAGUACCGAGGAGACGGGGUGGCGGCAAGGGGGCCCGCCUUUGGGAUCCACACAUUAAGAGUAGACGGGAAUGAUGUUUUUGCCGUUUACAAUGCUACCAAACUUGCGAAAAAAUAUUGCCUGGAGGAGAGUAAACCAGUGGUGGUUGAGGCAAUGGCCUAUAGACUGGGCCACCAUUCAACUUCGGAUGACAGUACAGCGUACAGGAGUCAAGACGAGGUUGACCAGUGGGCCACUACUGAUAAUCCAGCCACGAAAAUGAAGAUUUAUCUGAUGAAGAAAGGUUUAUGGAGUGAAGAUGAAGAAAAGAAGUUUCUCAAGGAGAAGAGAGAGGAGGUAAUGACGGCUUUUACGGCCGGUGAGAAGAAACCAAAGCCCAAUUGGAACGAAUGUUUUAAGGAUGUUUACAAAUUUAUGCCCGAGCAUAUCGAGAAACAAAUGAACGACAUGAAGAAACACGUAGACAAGUACAAGAAACAGUACCCGGUUGAUCAAUACGAAACGUAAUGUUAGUUUUUUGGAAAAAUAAAACGCUGUAAUUUUGGCGGGAAAAUGUCACAAUUUAAA